CCUAUAAAACCAGUACUGCGCUGUCACGGCACCGUAGCUUCUCAGGACAGUGAUUAGCAGCUUACUACGGACUGGAACGACCACCCUCAUCUCACCCUCAACUCCCACCGCGUCGUGUCGCCGCCGUCGAUUCGCGUCCGUUCGACAAUGAAAGCCAUCAGUCCCGUCCGCUCGGUGAGGAGCUGCUACAAAGCCGUGUGCUGCAUUUCGGAGCAGAGUUUCGCCAUCAGCCGGAAUAAACACGCGUGUGCGGAGGAGCCGGUGAGCGCCCUGUGCGACAUGAACGACUGCUACUCCAAGCUGAAGGAGCUGGUGCCGAGCAUCCCGCAGAACAAGUCGGUGAGCCAGGUGGAGAUCCUGCAGCACGUCAUCGACUACAUCUUCGACCUGCAGAUCGCGCUAGAGGAGGAAGACACGGCCACUCCGGAGAUGGUGCUGUCAAUAAAGACUGCGGAUCUCACCCGCAAUUUCUCCAAAGAAGACGGUCGAUUGUGCCACUAGGAUGAGAAUGUCAAAGAUACGGUGCAGGGAAACACAUGUCUCCACUUCACUCCGGGCAAGAGGACAAGAGGGGCAGAAAGGGUGGGAUAGGUAUUUGGGAAAGGAGACGAAGAAGAAGGGGGAGGAGGAGGAGGAGGAGGGAGGGAGGUGGAGAGCUCGAAGGAAAAAGUGGACUAUUUCCUAGAAGAGUGGGAUUCGACAGACGAGCAUGAACAAGAAAACGGAGACUCGUUCUUUGGCUCCUGGACAGACAAAUCAACACACCAAAACAGAAGACAGGACCGAAAAGUGAAAGCGAUCAGCUUUCGGUGCCCUCCUCAACAAACCCGGGAUUUCCUAUAGAUACAAGUAGAAAUAUUGGUACUUUUGUUUUGUUUUUGUGUGCGUGUGUGCGUCUGUGUGUGGGAGUUCACCCGACCUGAGCUCUCACUACAUUCAGUCUCUCUCAUGAUUAUUCCUACAUUACCACAUCUGUUUGCUGAUUACCUGGAGACUGUUACAACUUCAUACAAAUUUGUGAGUAAGGUGUGAGUGAAUCUGUAUUUUUUCUGAAUGGGAGUUUGGGUUUUCUUGGGUAUAAUCAGAACUCUAUACUAGAGUUAAUUGUAAAUGUUUGUAGGGAUUGUGUGAUUUCUACAGACUGUGCAGUGAGUUUCAUAAACUCUUUAUUAUAAUGUUUGCUAUGUAUGUAUGUAUGUUCUUAUGUAAUUAAAUAAAAAAACAGUGGAAAACA